ACACAAACAAAACAAAAGUUCUAUGCAAAAUUAUAAGCGUAGUUGCUUAAACAUUGCAAUACCAUAGAUAUAUAUACAAAAAUUCAAAAUGUUGUGGUGCAUAUUGUCGCUGCUGCUGCUCUUCAGUGUGGCAGAAACAGAACCCGUCACUGUGGACUGCAGCGAGCUGCUAAUGGGGCAAUUUAUGUGCCCCGAUCCCGCCAAGAAUCACAUAGAUCCCAAGACACAGCAGCUGCGCGGCUGCACCAAGCAGAACCGAGCGCGCGUCUGGUGCAUAGCGGCCAAUGAGAUCAACUGCACCGAAACGGGCAACUCCACCUUCACGCGGGAGAUGCCCUGCAAGUGGACCAAUGGCUACCACUUGGACACAACCUUAUUGCUGUCGGUGUUCCUGGGCAUGUUCGGUGUGGAUCGUUUCUAUUUGGGCUAUCCAGGCAUCGGUCUGCUCAAGCUGUGCACGCUGGGCGGCAUGUUUCUGGGCCAGCUGAUAGACAUAAUACUGAUUGCGCUACAGGUGGUUGGACCUGCAGAUGGAUCUGCCUACGUUAUACCUUACUAUGGAGCUGGGAUCAGCAUUGUGCGCAGCGAUAAUACGACGUAUCGCUAUUGCAAUCAACUUUAUUGCAUGCAGCAAUGAAAUUAGGGAAUGCUGGUUUAGCUAUGCCAGAGCCUUUGGUCAUAGCUGAAGAUCAGCCUAAACUAAGCAACGACUGUUGAACUAGAAUAUAUUUACCAAUUGUAGUUAUAAAUCUAGACUAUUAGCUUCAAGAAUUGUUGUAUUUUUAACUAAACAUAAGUUUACAAAUGUAAUAGAAACAUGUAUAUAUAAACAAAUUGUUGGCA